AUGAACUACCUUCUAUUCUUUCUACUGGUUUCUUUAGUUAAUUGUAAAGGUUGUAAAGAUCAAUGUGAAUGUCCGGAUCUCCUCGAUAAACUCACUUUUGAUAGAGACAACGUUUUGUAUACUGAAGAAGCGGGAUGUGUCAGAAACAUCACUUGUAAGACUGAUGUCACGACCUGGGUAGGAUUUAGCUUCAACAAAACAGAAAUUUCUCGCCCUGAUGAUGCUCCCGAUUUCGCAAUAGCCAAUACUUUAAAUGACGAGGUACCAACAGGACCCAAUAUAAACCUAUUCGAAUUUUUUGGAAUGAUUUGCGAGAAUAAGGAAUGGUCUAACUUCGAAAUCCCGCCGGAGACCUAUGACCACUCUGACGGUGUCGAUAUCAUUCGGGAAUCUGAUGGAUUAUUGGCCACUAUCAAGAUUAAUAAAAGCGAAGUUUUGUAUACUGAAGAAGCGGGAUGUUUUAGAAACAUCACUUGUCUGACUUAUGAGUGGACAUGGGUGAGAUUUAAUUACAACGAGACAGAAAUCGCUCGCCCUGUUAAUGCUACUUAUUGGGGAGCUGCCGAAACUAUAGAUACAACUAUCCCCGCGGAACCACAAAAAUCGAUUGUAAACCUAUUCGAAUUUUUUGGAAUGGUUUGUGAGAAUAAUGAGUGGUAUAUCACGAAAUACCCGCACGGAUUUUCUUAUUCAAAACCGAUUGGAAACGAGAAUUACGUAUACCAGAUGAAAAACAACAACGGAGAACUUGAUGGGAAAAAGAGUAAAGUUUUCGAGUGGGCUUGCAUGCCUCCAUCGUGGUGUGAAUGUCCGGAUCUCCUCGAUAAACUUCAAUGGCCAGAUAGAAGCAUAAUGUUGUAUACUGAAGAAGCGGGAUGUGUCAGAAAUCUCACUUGUGAGACUGAUGCCUCGACCUGGGUGAAUUUUCUCUUCAACGAAACAGAAAUCUCUCGUCCUGAUAAUGCUCGCAAUGACGGAAUGGCCCCAACUUCCGAAAAUUCCGAUGAAACAAUAGAAAUUGUAAACAUAUUCCAAUAUUUUGGAAUGAUUUGUGAGAAUAAUGAAUGGUAUAUUACAAAAUACCCGAGGGGAAUUCUUUAUGGAUCUACCACUAUUGGAGAGAAAUUUGUAAUGGGAACCAACGGAGAACUGGACGGGAAAAAGAGCAAAAUUGAUAGAUUUGGGUGCAUACCUCCAGGAUAUUAUUCGUAA